GAUGGUUUUUCGAGUAAUUCUUGUAGAGAAAAUCAGGGAAUGCAUGUGUUCAAAACCCAUGAUGGUGAAGUCCUAUUGGAAUACAAUGCUACACAUGGUGAUAUCCUGAUCCAUGAGUCGAAGGGUUCAUGGCGUAACGACUCGGGUGGCCAGCAAGUUAUUACACGUCAUGGCGAAGGGCUAUUCCCGACUCUGAUGUGCACAUCAUACUGUCCAGCGAACUCUGAGUGCAUCGAAGGUGUCUGCCGCUGUAGCAAAGGAUUUGGAGGCAAUCCACUUUUUGGAUGUGAAGGUAAUCUUUGCCACCUCCCUGAAUUUGACCGUAUCCCGCAAAUAAUUGAAACCACUACCACAAGUGGCGACGAGAAGCCCACAUCAGCUUCAACUGCAUCUGCGACCGUCUCAGGCCAGACGGACACUACGACUCUGCUGCCUACCACUCAAUCCAAGCAACUCAGAUCGGAACCAACAAAACAUGCCACAGAAUCUACUAGCAGCCCCCAAACGAGCAGUGUUCCUUCAGCGUCUACGGAGCCUACAUCCAAGCUCCCGAAAAAAGAAACAGCUGUUACUGAUGAACUUCCAUUAGAUGCUAAGCAAACGAGCGCCACUGAAGAACCCGAAACCACGGAAACUGAACAGAAUGAGGGUUCUGGAGUCACAGACACCAGUGGCAUUCCUGAGACAACGACGGCAGUCCUAUCUUCUUCGACCGCGCUGCCUCCAAAGACGACGUCCGAACAACCAACAUAUUCAGGACGAGGCAAAAUUGCUGGAACUUCAUCUGAAAGUCUCCCCAUCACUAGUACUACAACAAGCAAGACGACAACGAAAUUAACGGAAGAUACCACGACGUCAGCGACUACAUCUGCCUCUGAUAGCGCACUAGACACGACUUCUUCGGCAACCGAGCAACCGAUCAAGGAAACGUCCGAGCAUCCAAAAGAUUCAGGAGUGAGCGCCUCUUCAAAGAAGACAAUAAAUAUGGUGAGUAAUCUAACAACAACUACACCUGAAGAUUCAGGAUCUUCUGGUAUCCCCGAACUUUCUAAAACCACACAAGAUCUUGCUCCAUCCACAACGGUCGUGACCACAGAGCCUCCUGUAACUUCCACAACCUCAACAACUACUGUUCUUUCGGGUAGUACUUCAGAGGGUCAUUCUUCGACUGGAUUGCCUAAGGAGACAUCUCGACUUCAGGAAGGGACAGAGGCUUCGACUUCCUCUAGUCCUACUCCUAUCACGGAUAUUACCGAUAAGAAAACAACUACACAAGAGAGAACUUCUACUGGAGACCAGGAAGAAUCUACGUCCACAAGCCCCACUUCAACGACUGAACUGUCGUCGAAGCCGUUAGUCAAACAGCCAGAAGGAACGCAGUCCACUUCAACACCUAACCGUCUUGAGACUACAUCAACACCGACCGAUGUGGCAGGUAAUUUGACAACGGCUAGCCCAGAAGGUUCAGGAACUCCAGCCGCUCCUGGUUCUUCUAAAACCACUUUUGAUUCUACUCCAUCUGUUUCAACUUUGACCGCCGAGCCAACGAAAGAAGGCAUGGGAGGACCUGAAGGUACAACGAAGCCCGCCAUUUCGACGGCAAUGACGGCCGAGCCAACAAAAGAAGGCGUGGAAGGAUCUGAAGGUACAACGAGGGCCGCAAUUUCGACGAAAACUACUGAGAAAAAAAUUGUGUCUUCGACGGAGUUGCCAACGAAAGUAACGAUAGAGCCGAUAACCAAGGAUUCUGAUUCCAGUGUCUCUCAAACAACCACGCCUCAAGCAAUCAAAGAAAGUGCUUCCUCAACAGGAGGGCCGUUGAACAGUGCGACGUCUGAAUCACUAACGACCAAGGAUGAAAGUUCAAACGCCUCUUCCACUAGCAUUCCUCCAGCAAAAGCCACAUCGGAAGUUUCAGUCACAGAAGAACUGACAAAAUCACCAAUGAAGGCUGUCGACUCUAACGAUACGAAACCGGAGACGAAAUCUCCCACGACAGCGAAAACCACGGAGCCCACUCUCACCACGGGAAGUCUAGGAAAUGCCUUGACAAGCACUGCGGGUGUCGAACCGACAAGCCAUCCAGAAUCUACUAAAGUACCUUCUCAGCUGACUUCCAAUCAACCGACUACUACAGCAACCACCGACCUUCUCGGAACGACUGCUGGAACUCGAUCAACAAAAACAGAGCUCGCAACUGUAACACCUGCUCUGGGAUCGGCAGCAUCUUCGACUCAACCAUCAACCGCAAAAACUCCGAAAACUGAGUUCAUGUCUACGACUUCUACGACUUCGCCCUCCGGCGCAUCAAGCACUGCCAAGACAGAAGCGUCUCCUAAACCAACACCAUCUACACAACAUCCCACCGCAGAGGCAACGAUUAUACCCGAGUUCCCUGAAGGAAGCAGGAGUGAGUUUGUAGACGGAAAACAGCCGACUGGAGCUCCCUCAUCUGGUUCAACCGCAGUUUCCGGUAAUACCGUACCCAAAGGUGCUGUUUUGGAAGGAUUGCCGUCGACACCAAAGCAGCAUCGUGAGCCAGUCACGGACGCCGAAGAAUUUAAUCUAAUUGGAUGCUCAAUAGAAUGCGGCCUUUUCAGUAACACAACAAAGUGCACUAGCGGAGAUCAGUGUGGAGAUGACGCAUAUUGCGAAAGAAGGACAGGAGCAUGCCGUUGCUACCCUGGAUUCGAAGGAGCACCACCCAUGGUUGGAUGUAAAGAUGUGGACGAAUGCGCUACUGGCCUUCAUAAGUGUGAUGAAACUGCUAGAUGUCAUAACUAUGUUGGAGGAUAUGCCUGUUUCUGCCCGAUGGGCUACAGGAAAAUGGAUAAAGGCAUAUGUGUUGAUAUUGACGAGUGCGCUGAAUCCCAGGGAGGUUGUUGUAGUGGAAACGCCACCUGCAUCAAUAAGGAAGGAUCGUAUGGAUGCAAGUGUAAUGAAGGAUUUGUCGGAGAUGGCUACAAGUGCAUGCCUGUGGAGAAACGUGGAUGUACGGAGGCUGAAUGGGCUGAUGCCAACUGUGGCAAGAACCACAUGUGUACGGUUGACAGCAAAGGCAAGAAAGAUUGCGACAUGUGCAAGAUGGGCUUCGAGAUGAAGAAUGGGGAAUGUGUAGACAUCAAUGAAUGCGCCAGUCCUGGUUUGAAUAUGUGCGACAAGAACGCCGUCUGCAACAACUUGAUGGGAACAUAUGCCUGUCAGUGCAAGAAGGGAUUCCGUGGAGAUGGCUAUAUGUGUGAUGACGAAGACGAAUGUCGAACAAUGCCAUGUCACCCGCAAGCUGAGUGCCAUAACGUGCCCGGUUCAUUCCAAUGCAAAUGUCCUGAAGGAUUUGAAGGAGACGGAGUGAAGACAUGCGUGAAUCCGCUGGAGAACAGCUGUAAGGACAUGGAGCGACUCUGCGGUCGAACGGAGCACACAGCAUGCCUAUCUGUUCGGUUAUUUGACGGCUCCUUGGGUAGUAUCUGUGAAUGUGAACCCAAUUAUCGUUUUAACAACGUGACCCAUCAAUGUGAAGACAUAGACGAAUGCGCUGAGAACCGCCACAACUGCGAUCCAGCUUCGUCGACGUGCGUCAACGAAGACGGCGGAUUCCGAUGCGAAUGUUAUGAAGGUUAUGAGGGCACUGGGGGUGUCUGUGUGGAUAUUGAUGAAUGCGAGCGAGGAGUAGCUGGCUGCCACAGUAUGGCCAUGUGCAUAAACCAACCAGGUAGCUGUGGCUGUAAAUGCGUACAUGGAUUCACCGGCGACGGAACGCAGUCAAUGAAACGUGAGACUGACAACACGUGUACCCCAGAAUGGCAACGCCUUUGCAAAAAGGAAAACAGAACGUGUCAUGUGGAUGAUGAAGAUGUCCCGCAAUGCGGUUCUUGUAUUGAAGGACAUCAACUCGUCAAUGGAACCUGUCACCAAAUUGAAAGCGGCGGUGUCUGUUCGGACCCCACCAAGAAUAAUUGCGAUGUUAAUGCCGAAUGUAUCGACGUCCGUCCAGGACGACACUUUUGCACCUGUAAAGUCGGCUACAUUGGCGACGGGAUGCGGUGUGAUGAUAUCGAUGAAUGUUCCUUGGCUGGUAUAUGUGAUCCGCAUGCUACUUGUCACAAUUCACCUGGAUCGUUUAACUGCACGUGCAAUCCGGGAUAUGUUGGCAACGGACAUGUCUGUGAAGCUAUCGACACCACCAAUGGCACCAAAACCACUCCUCGUAAGACUGCUCACUUCUUUUCUUGGUCUUUCGCUUGA